CCCCCUCGCGUGCAGGCACCGGCGGGCGGCGGGCGGGCCACAGGAGCUGGCUUGGCCUCUGCGGAGCCACCCCCUGGCCCUAGUGUCUGGCCACACACUGUCCACUCUGCACGGUCCGAGCUCCAGACUCUUUGCAGCCCAUACGGAGUGUGCCACGGCCACCGGAGCCGGGACGCCGGCUCCAGCGCCCCGCAGACGGCGGCGGUGGAUGCGCGGGCGGAAGCCCACAGUAUGGAUUCAGAUUCUGGCGAGCAGAGCGAGGGCGAGCCUGUGACUGCAGCAGGUCCUAAUGUGUUUAGCUCGAAGAGUCUUGCCCUUCAAGCCCAGAAGAAGAUCCUGAGCAAAAUAGCCAGCAAAACUGUUGCCAACAUGCUGGUCGAUGACACCAGCAGUGAGAUCUUUGAUGAGUUGUACAAAGUCACCGAAGAACACACCCAUAACAAGAAGGAGGCCCACAAGAUCAUGAAAGAUUUGAUCAAGGUGGCAAUCAAAAUCGGCAUCCUCUACCGGAACAAACAGUUCAGUCAAGAGGAGGUCAUGAUUGUGGAGAAACUCCGGAAGAAGCUGAACCAGACUGCCAUGACCAUGGUCAGUUUCUAUGAAGUAGAAUACACCUUUGAUACAAACGUGCUCUCCAAGCUGCUGCAUGAGUGCAAAGACCUGGUCCAUGAGCUGGUGCAGCGCCAUUUGACACCCAGAAGCCAUGGACGCAUAAACCAUGUCUUCAACCACUUCGCUGAUGUGGAGUUCCUUUCCACUCUCUAUGGUCCACAUGGAAACUGCAGACCAAAUCUCAAGAGGAUUUGUGAAGGGAUCAAUAAAUUGCUAGAUGAGAAGAUCCUCUGAAUGGACUCUCUUCUCCUGAUCCAAGUUAGAACAUCUGACCUUGUCCAGUGAGAAUCAAGUAGCAAGCUUCAUUCAAGAUGCUCUUGUUCUGGCCUCUUCAUCCUUCUGAUGCUGAUUUUAACCCAGACCUAGUGUGUUGACUCCCUGAGCACAGGCAUGAGAUCUCACAUCUAAAAGAACUGUGUUUGCAAGCCCAGAGAGUAGUCAACUGUCCUAAGCAAGAGCCUGCUUUGCUCACCACCAUGAGCUUGCUUCAUCUUAAAGUGGAAGGCGUCCUGGACUAGGACGCAGAAGACAUGGGCAUUGGUAUCAGUCCUGCCACCAUGGACGCUAUCUUCUGUGUUCUAGAGAUGUAACGCUUCCUGACUACCUCACAGGGCUGUUGUCAGGACCAAACGGGACAACUCACAUUCAUGGUUUUGUGAAACAGACACCAGUGAUUGCAUAUAAUAGAUAGAUGGGGCAGAACUAUUCGUAGCUGAUGUGUUUGUUGUCAGUUGUCAUGGCAUAUUUAGUAAUCACAGUACCAGAGAGGCUGGGGUAUAAGAAUUAUUAUUGUUUUGAUAGUCUGAACCACAGAGUAGGGCUGAGACAAACCUGGCCUAUAUAGGAAACUCUGAGGAAAUGGAAAAAAGAGGGAAAAGGAAAAGAAAGAGUUCCUUGCCUCGUUUGGCAGAAAUGGGAGUCAAGGUGACGCUGUUCCCUUUCCUCUGCACAUGGACUGAGCACACUUGUCCAGGGCCACAGCCGUGACUCUCGGUUUAGGAAGAGCCAUGCUUUUGUUAUUUCCCGGUUCUCCGGUUUCUCAGAAUCUCCAGUCUCAUCUCCAGCUACAUCUCUUCAGCAGCCACUCCGCUUCUCACUUCUUCACGUGUCUCCUCCUUCCAUUUCAUCUUACCGGAGAAUUUUUCUGUUCUGAUGAGUAGUUUUCUGUUUUGUGGGGUGUGGGGUUCUGCACUAAAAUUUUAUUUAUAAUUGACCUAUAAUAUUUCUAAGUGUCUGUUGUGAUGUAGAGCUUCAGUAGAUGUAUAUAUUGUAUUAUCAAAUCAGUGUAAUUAGCAUAUCUAUCAUAAAUAUUUAUUUUUUCUGGCAAGAUUAUUCAGAAUCCCUGCCUCUAGCUAUUUAGUAACAUGUAGCACAUUAUUAUUAGCUAUAGCGACCCUAUUAUGAAACGGAACAAUAGGAUUGUUCUAUGUAAAUGUAACUAUCAGCUUCUUCCCAUUCUCACUCUGUAGUAACCGGUGUUCUACUUUUUAUUUCUUAGAUAUCAACUUUUGGAGUAUUCCGUGUUUGUGAACUACACAGUGUUUGUUCAAUAUCUGUCUCAUAUCACUUAACAUAAAGUUUUGUAAUUUCAUCCAUAUUGCUGCAAAUGUCAGAAUUUUUUCUUACAAUAAAAAAACACUCUGUUCUGUUCAAAUGCCACUUUUUCUUCUGCUACUCAUCUGUUGAUGGCGCUUUGAGUCUUAGCUAUUGCAAACAUUGCUGUGACAACCGAGGGAUUCCCACACCUGCUUUCAACAUGACUAUUGUGUUCCCUUUCACCCAGUAAUGUGGUUUCUGGCUUAGGUGGUAGCUGUACCCCUCACUCCAUAGGGAACAACCACUCUGCUUUCUGCACUGGCUGUUCUGCUUGGCGUCUACAGCAAUUUCCCCUUUCCUCCACAUACCUAUCAACACAUGUCACUCUUUGUCUUUUUGAUUUUAUCGUAUCCUCAGAGAAGUAAAAUCUCACUGUGAUUUUGAUGUGUAUUUUCCUAAUAAUUAACAUUUUUAAUUAUUUUUAGAACUAUUUUGGCUAUCAGCAUGCCUCUUUUUGAAAAUUUCUAUUCUUGGCUUUUUCCCUUUUAAAACUCGGAUUGCGUUUUAGUUUGCUAUUGAGCUCUUUGAUGACGUUAGUAGUAAUACAUUAUCAGAGUAAAUAACUAGAGCUUUGUCUGCCAUGGCUGGCAGACCCAAAGAAGUGCAGAUGCCCAGACCGAGAUCUCAGUCAAUUCCAGAUGUGGGGCACUGAGAAACAGGAUUUAUUUUCCACUGUUAAACUUUGAUUUUGCUCUGAAUUGAUUGUGGCUGUGCCCUGAUUAUUACCUCUUGGAAUAAAACUAUGUAAGUUGUUUGUGAUUUUAAAGUAGCCCAAACUUUGGAGUUUCAGUGAAACUUUGGGUACUUUUUUGUUUGUUUUUGUUCUUCAAGACAGUAGCCCUAGCUUUCCUGGAACUCAUUCAGUAGACCAGGCUGGCCUCGAACUCGCAGAGAUCCACCUGCCUCUGUCUCCUGAGUGCUGGGAUUAAAGGUGUGCACCACCACCCCUCAGUGAAACUUUGGGUUCUUUAAAGAAACUGAAUUUUUAAAAACUGUGGGACUUUAAAAGUUAUACCAUGCUUUAUAUUGUGACAUUGAUAUUAAUAUGAGAUCUUAGGGACAAACAAAAAAGGAAGGUUAUGGAUUAAUAGUAACGUUUUAGUAUAUCAUUGUUUAGCAUGACAAGGGAUCUGUUGUCUUGGUUGAGUAUUUGUCAACUUGACAUAAGCUAGAGUUUUCUGGGAAGAGGAAUAUCUAGUGAGAAAAUGUAUACAUCAAGUUGUAGGCAAAUCUCUAGGGAGUUUCCUUGAUCAGUGACUGAAGUGGAAGGGUCCAAAUCACUGAAAAUGGUGUCAUUCCUGGGUGGGUUAUCCAAGGUUGUAUAAGGAAUCAGGAUGAGCAAGUCAUGGAGAACAAGCCUGUAAGCAGCACUCCUCUGGGGUCUCUGCAUUAGACCCUGCCUCCAGGUUCCUACUCUGAGUUUGUACACUUAAUUACCUUCAUGAAGGACUUUAGUCUAUAAGGAGAAAUAACCCCUUUCCUUCCCAAGUUGCUUUUGGUCAGAUGUUUUAUCACACGAGUAGAAAGCAAACCAAGAUGAUAGACUAUAGAGUCCUUUGAGUGUAUCCUGAGUAUAAUUUGAAAUAUGUAAUGGUGAUGCCUCCAGCCAUUCUGUAUUUUCAUAUAACAUUUAAGGUCUUUUCUGUAAAGAACUGCAUUUAAAUUUCUAUAGGAAUUGCAUUAAACCUGUAAGUUGCUUUAUGUAGGAUGGCUGUUUUUUUACAGUAUCAGUCAGGCCAAUCCACGAGCAUGGGAUCUCUUUCCAUCUCCUGCUAUAAUUUUUAAUAGUGUUUUUUAUUGUACAAGUCAUUCACUUCCUUAGUUAAAUCUAUUUCAUGAUUUUAAGGCUGUUGAAGACUUAAUUGUUUCCCUGAUUUCUUCCUUGGUGUGCUUGUCAUUUGUGCAUAGAAAGGCUGUGUAACUUUUUAGAGUUAUUUUUUUAAUAUUGUGACUUUGCUGAAUGUGUUUAUCAGGUGUGGAGUAUUUCUCAUGGACUCUUCAGGGUCUUCUAUGUACAGAAUGAAAUCAUCUGCAAAUAAGGAUACUUUGAUUUCUUUGUAUCCUCCUUGUUGCCUUCAUCUGCCUUAUUGAACUAGGUAUGACUUCCAGCACCAUGUUGACUAGAAGAGGGAGAAAUUAGAUAUACUUGAUUUGUUCCUAAUUUUAAAGGAAAUGUUUUGAGUUUCUCCUUGGCCCUCUCCUUCUUUCUUCCUUUGUAAUUUUUCAGUAAUACUGGGGAUUAAACAAAAUUAAGAAAAACCCAUUAGCUUUGAUUUAAUUUGAAUUUCAGCUUACUGCAAGUUAGUUAUAAAGCUCUAAAACUUCACAGACUUCCAGGUAUCACCGGGUAACAGCUGCAAAAAUUGAGAUCUGAGGUAAGAGCCAUUUAAAAAGUAUGUUAAGAGAGGCUCCAAGGAUUUGAAGACCUGAACACUUAGAGAGGUACUUUGCACAACUACCACUGGAGUCUUUGGCUUCCCACAGGAGACUGUGAGACUAUGAGCAAAUCUGUGAACAGAGGCUUCGAUGCCAACUGCCUGGUGCUAGAGACACUUAGAGUCUAUGAUAGAGCUGACCCACAAAUAUUAGAACAAGUAUAAACUAGAUUCAGCUACUGUUGCCAAAGUAAAGAAGUGUUGCUAUAGUGAUACUGGAGCAAACAACACAAGCCGAAUAUCUUCCUCCCUCCUCCAGCCCUGCAAACUCCCUAACUGUAGAAACCAGCAGGAAACCUGACAAUGCAGGCACAUGGCUUUGGAGUUCUAACCCCAAUGGCAUACAACAGAAUAUUGAAAAAUGGCAUUGGAACUCAAAACUAAUGAAUGACAUAGAUACCUAUGUAUGCAAAGUCACUUAAUGCAAUUAAUAAAUUACAUAUUAUAUGGAUGGUUAACUAAUAUAAAUAAACUUAAAAGUUGAGCUCCC